AUGGCCGACUCCGACAAUCAGAAUGGCGCCGUCAGGAGGUUCUCGGGUGACAAGCCCACCGAGUACAAGGCGUGGAGGAAGUGGGCGAGAGCAUGGAUCAAGUCCAAGAAUAACAAUGAGGAUGCUCGAGGCUCAGCACUGGUCACUCUCCUGACGGGGGCGGCCUUCAGGGCCAUCGAGGACGUCGAGGACGACCUCAUCGAGCAGGCUGGCGGAGAUGAUGUGAUCUUCGCCAUCCUUGACGACAAGUACCCCGACCUCCCAGCCACAGACCGGCUGGGCGAGGUGAUGCGUGCCUGUCCGAGGCUCAAGACCCACAAGCAUGAAGAGGCCAACGCAUACACUGCCCGAGCCAGGGCCAUCUUCGCUGAUGCCGAGCGCAAAGGUAUUGUCUUGCCAGAGAUCGCGCGCGGCAUCAUGCUUCUCGAGGGUUGCCACCUGGACUCCGAGAAGGAGGCGGUCGUCAUGGCCGCAGCCCACAGCUCCUGGCGGGAGCCCGACGUCGCUAGAGCUCUGAGGACCACGUAUCGGGCAGGCCUUGGGAAGAUGGCCAUGGGCGGUCAGAGUCACUACAAGGCCUUCUGCGACGCACUUUUGGCCGACCACGGAGCACAUGAUGAUGCCGACCCACCUGUUGAUGAGCGGGAUCUCAUCGACGCCUUGAUCUCAUGGACGGAGCAGCGGAAGCUACACGGGAAGGGCAUGGUGGGCGCGGAGACCUUCGAGCAGCACUGCCGACGACUCCGACGGGAUCAUGGACUACAGCCAGUGCGUCUACCCGAUGCCCCGCAGGUAUCUCUUCGCUUCGGCAACGAUGGCAGCCAGUCGUCAGUGGGCGAGGUGCUACUGCCGAGUGGGAUCCUGGGCAGGAACGCGGUCACGAAGUGGUCUUUGGUGCCAGGUUCGGCGCCUUUCCUCGUGUCCAAGCAGCAGAUCAAGGCCAUGAAGUCCCAGAUUAACACCACCAGGGACACAGCUACCACUGCCGAUCUGCCGGAGUGUACACUUCCCACAGGUGCUGGCGGCCACUACGUUCUUUCCCUGACCGAGUUUGACCCCAAGGGUUUCCGUGACAACCUGGACCCGAUGAUCAGCGACCCCGAGGUCACUAUCUACAUGGCGGUCGCCGCUACGGAGAAGCAGCCAAACGUGAUCCCCGCUCCCGAGGGGUCGGCAGGCGACAUCGAGGACAUGACCAUGUGCGACAGGGCUGGAGGUCCACCACCUACACUUCCAAGGGAAGCUGAGGAUGCUGCUCGCAUCAUUCUCGGCGACAACCAUGACCGGUGCCUGGCGACGAUAGCACCAGCGGAUCUCGACCUUAUGCCAGCUGACCGGCAGGAGCGUAUCGAGCCCCGUGUCGAGUCUACUGCCGAUGCUGAGGAUGACGCUGGUAUCUCCGAGGACCUGAUCGACGAGCUCGCGGAGGCCUAUCCUCCAUCGGGUGAUGCCACUGGCGAGCUCACCCGCCGACAGCGACGACGAUUGGCGAAGGACAUCACCACGGUCACCGCGCAGCUGCGGCGCGCGGGACUCUUCGAGUUGUUCAGCCCUGAGCGAGUGGGUCCGAAGGCCGAGCUCAAGGGUCUGGGCCCAGCAAAGGCCCUGGACCUGACCACCGGCUGGGACCUCCUGCGCGCAGAUCACCGUCGAGAAAUGUGGCGACAACUGGCUGAAGAUCAACCUGAGUGGGUUGCCGAGUACCAACUGGCUCACGACCGUCACUUCUAUAUCGAGCAGCCACAGUCGGCGCAGUCGUGGAACGAGCCUGCGAUGAUCAGACUAAGGCGCCAGGACCGGGUGCAUGAGGCAGUUGGCCACGGUUGUCAAUAUGGUUAUCACGACGCGAUCAGUGGCAAGCCCUAUCGCAAGGCCUUCAGGCUCAUCACUUCGAGUCCGGUGUUGGCUCAGGCUCUGUCUCGACGCUGCCCAGGCGACCAUCACCACGAGACGAUUCAAGGAGGAGCUGGAGGUGAACGACGGAGCGCAGCUUCUCAGCGCUAUCCCCCCGCACUGAUUAGGGCCAUCGUGAGUGGGAUGUCCAAGGAGUCGUCAGCUCUUUUUUCCGAGGUGGAGGUCGAGGAGUCGCUGCAGGCGAGGGCCGUGCUCUGGCAGGGUUUGGUCGAGGUCCACGCCCACGAAUCUCUCAUGGCGGAGGUGUUUGCCGCGCCCAAGAGGCGCAAGAAGGCUGAUCAGGACGUGGAGGAGCCGCCAGAGUCCCAAGCUGAAGCUCGAGAUCGACGACGGAAGCUGGAGACGGCGGUCCGCAAGAUCCAUGUCAAUCUUGGCCAUCCUGCAGCUGGGGACCUGAUCCGCAUCCUCAAGCAUGGUAACGCGACUGAGGAGGCCAUCGCCAUCGCGCGGGAUUUCAAGCGCGACGUAUGUGAACAGAACCGAGCUCCCAAGUUGCCACGGCCAGCGACGGUUCCCAGAGACAUUCAGGUGUUGUCCGAGGUAGGCUUCGACGUCAAGGAGCUGCCGUACUACAUCUCUGAGAAGACUUGGGCCGCUCUGAACGUCGUGGACGGUGCCAGCUCUCUCCAACAGAUGAUGCCGCUGGCAGGUAAUGAGGAGAACGGUGAGACUCUCAGGAAGGCCUGGGACGUGGGCUGGCGAAGGCCGCACGGAGCACCGGUCAGGGCCAAAUGUGACUCGGCCCGGGCCAAUACCGGUGCCAUCAUGUCCGAGGUGCUGGAGUGCGACGGAGAGGAUUUCGACGUCAUUCCAGGAGAAGCUCACUGGUUACUCGGAAAGGCUGAAAGACAUGGCUCGUGGUUCGCCAACAUACUGAGCAAGGUGAUCGAGACAGUCCAGCCGAAGAACCAUCAGGAGUGGGAGCAAUGCGUCAGUACAGUCUGUGAUCAGAAGAACCGCCUCUUGAGGAAGCAUGGGCACAAUCCAUGCCAACAUGUGUUCGGACGUGAUCCUCCUCUCCCGGCCGACCUUCUCAAGGAUUCACCUGCCAUCGUUGCGAACGGCUUGGCACUGCGCAGCGACGUCUACCAGCGGGCCACGGCUGUUCGGACUGCCGCCCGCAUGGCUGUCCUGAUGUACAGUGACGAUGAGGCCAUGAGAACAGCUCUGGACGCUCGACCUCGCCCCCUCCGAGAGUUUCGAGCAGGUGAUCGGGUAGCCUACUGGCGGCGAGGUCGAGGCAAGGGCCGGCAGAAUGACGGCAAGAAUAAUGCACGUUGGCAUGGGAGGGCUACAGUCCUUGGCGAGGAAAAUGGUCACUACUGGUUAUCACACGCAGGUGCCCUGAUUCGAGCAGCUCCCGAACGCCUUCGACAUUCUACCCGCGAGGAGGAGUGGGCAGACUGGCAUGUGCGUCAAGAGUUCAGGGCUGCCCAAGAGAAGUUCAAUGGAAAGCAAGGCAACCCGGUCUACGUGGAUCUGCCUGCUGAGAAUCAAGGACAGGCGCCGGCUCCAUCUGGCGACGGUCGUAUCAUCGUGGUGCCGGCGCCUCUGCCUGUCGGUCCUGAGCCUGCUCUACCUCCCGGGCCCGCUCUAUCUGAGGACCGACCCCAGCCUGACGCUGGAUCGACUGACAAUGUGUUGGCUCCAGCUCCUGGGGACACCGGCCUCGAGGUGGACCAAGCCGCCAAGAGAAAGAUCGACGAGCUGCAGGAUCCGAGCCUAGUCGCCCGACGCGUGUUCGACAUCGAGGGUAAGCCCUUGAAACGCCUGAGGGAGAAGACAGCAGUCCCGACUGAGGGUCUCACAUCAUCGGCGACAUCUGGUCAAGCUAUCACCAUUGCUGUGCAGCCUGCCGUCGAGGAACCUCCGACUCGGCCAGCUGAUGCUCGGCAGGCGCUCCUGGACUCCGAUCCAGAGCACGACGAGCUAGUGGCAGAGGCUGAGACGGAGGAUCAGGACGUGAUCAUCCCUGCUGAUGUCUGCCUGACCUCCAUGGCGCGCACCGGCGAGCCCUGCUACGAGGCAUUGCUGGCGAAGGGCCGCAAGGGGAUCACCGAGAAGCUCCGCCCCGACCUCAUCGAGGAGAUCCUGAACGCCAAGAUGACAGAGUGGCAGACCGUGGACCAGGAGAAGCAUGCCGUACGUGUGUGCAGCUUGAAGGAGUCAGGUGAGAUCAAGCGUACCCGACCCGAUCGGCUCGUUGACACACGUUUCGUCCUGACCAUCAAGCACGACCCCGACGGCAAGGAAAUGGUAAAGGCCCGCUGGGUUGCCAGAGGUUUCAAGGACCCGGACGCUCUCAAGCUCGUCUACUGGAACCAGACGGCCGCACCUACGGUAUCGCAGAACGCUCGCAUGCUGACACUUCAGCUGGCUGCAUCACAUCAAUGGCGACUUGAGAUCGGAGACAUCCGGGGCGCAUUCAAGGAGAGCGACCCACUACAACGACCAGAUGGACCACUCUACGCGAAGCAGCCACCUGGCGGCCUUCCUGGUCUUCAUCCUGAUCAGGUGGUGGAGCUUGUGAUACCUCUGUAUGGCUUGGAUGACGCUCCUUGCCGCUGGUACUCGAAGAUAUCAGGUUGGCUUACAGAUCAGACGGCUCACGAGUGCAGACCGUGGACGAAGUCACGCUUGGACCCCUGCCUCUUUCUCCUUCGCGAUGCUCAGUGUAAGCUUUGUGGUAUUAUUGUGGUCCAUGUUGACGAUGUGUUGAUCGCGGGUGAAGAUGAUUAUUUUCAUGAGGCGGUGCGGAGAUUGAAGGGGAAAUUCCCUUUCCGAAAGUGGGCUGUCGGUGAGGGUGAGUACUGUGGCAGUGUUCUCCACCAGGAUCCGAAGACGUUUGACAUCUCCAUCCGCCAGACCACGCCUUACCAGGAGCUCAAGCCAGUGACAGUUCGACGACGGCGGAAGUUGCAGGACUUCGACGCUUACUUGGUCAAGGAGGCUGGCUCUGCAGUCAGACACGACCAGACACCAGUGUGCAGGUCUCUCAGGGACAACAAGUGCUGCCUCGACCGACUGUGGACGCGUGAGCGCUGGCUAGGUCGACAUCCCUGCCUCGCAGUGACCGACUGCAAGAGCGUGUAUGACCACAUCACUGGCGCUUCAUCGCCAUCCACAGUCGGAGAUCGCAGAGUUGCCGUGGACAUGCUGGCGGACGGGUUGACGAAAGACACUGCUGAGACUUGUGACUUGCUCAGGGGUGUCAUCAGGACCGGAUGCUGCCAGAUCUCCGAGGAGAGCCUCAUGCUGCAGUUGGCCGAGACGGAGCGGGAGCAGAGGAAGGUCAUCGAGAAGUGA